AAAAAAAAAAAAAAAGAAAGAAAAAUAUAAGAAAAGCUAAGAAUACGUUUUCGUUGUUUUCCGGGGCCUUCUUCCUCCUCCCAGAUCGGUGAUAAGAUAUAAUGGGUGAAUGGUACUUUUUCCUUAUCAGAUAGCACUAGUUUUGUUACCCCAUUUGAGUGGUAGAGCUUAAGCUAGAAACGCAAAAGCUUAAAAAAAGAAUCUUGGGGUUUUUUUUGCUAUAUAUGAUUUGGUUCAAUAUCAGUUGAUGGAAUUAUUAAAGAAUCUUGAUAUUGUUUGUGUAAUUGGAUUAGAUUAAGUAAUUGGGGUUUUGGAAAUUUGUGCCUUUUUGGAUGCAAGAGCAGAUGGCAAGGGGAAAAAAGGUUAGUUGCAAGAAGAAUUUCAAGAGAAGGGAUCGAUCCAUAGAUAAGGGUUCCGAUGAUUCAGAUGAGGAUUAUGUGGUUUCAGAUGAAGAAAAGGAGGUCUCGGAUGGUUGGGAUGAGGAUUAUUGCUCUUCUGUAGAUCGGCAUGCAUCAGAAGAGAGUCUUGGUAGUUUUGUUGAGGAGGAGGAGGAGGAGUUGAGGAAGGUUGUUAGGUCCACAGGACAAAAGCGUACUUCGGGUCACCGUAAAAUUGGGGUGAAAACAGCGAGAAAGAGAAAAAGGGCCAGGUAUGAUGAAGAAGAAGAUGAGGAUGAGGAUUAUGAAGUUGAUGAUGAGGAGGAGGAUGAAGAUGAGGAGUUUAUACUGGAUGAAGAUGCUUGUUCGGAUGAGGAAGUGGAAUCAGUGAAGAGAAAUAACACGAAAGUGCGAAAGCAAGGUUUGCGGAAAAAGGGUUCAGUUAGGGGUCAGAAAAGGAGAAGGAAAUCUAACAUUUCGAAGAAGCCUUUGAGAAAGAAAAGAAGAACGAAUAGUGGGUUGAGGAGGGAAGUACAAUAUGAUGAUGCUGACGAUGAUGAUGGUGAGUUUCUUAAUAAUAGAUUGGUUGUCAGAGAAAAUAACAAGAAAAAACCAGGUCGAAGAAAGAGAAGGAAUGUUGCACGUUCAGAUUCAGAUUUUGUGUCUUCUGGAUCAUCCGAUUGUGACUAUACAAUUUCUGAGGAAGAGAAGCAUACCAUCUCUGAAGAAGAGAGAGAGCAAGUGAGAGAGGCCAGGGAGUUUUGUGGAAGUCUAAGAGCUAGUUUGAGGAGUUCAUGUUUCCCCAGUGACGUUCAGGAGGUCAGGGAUUUACAGCAGCAAAGAAAUCCUCCGGUAAGGAAGGGUAAGGAGAAGUUAGAGGAACCUUUGGGAAAGAAGGGUAAGGAGAAGGUGGAGGAAGUUAGGGCUGAGGUGGUAAAGCAGGUGUGUGGAAUUUGCCUGUCUGAAGAAGAUAAAAGAAGAUUAAGGGGAACACUGGACUGUUGCUCUCAUUAUUUUUGUUUUGCUUGCAUCGUCGAGUGGGCAAAAGUGGAAUCUCGUUGCCCUUUAUGCAAGCAGAGGUUCAAGACAAUCAGUAGGCCUGUAAGGUCGACAGCAGGAAUUGAUUUGAGAGAAGCGCUGAUUCAAGUCCCCGAGCGUGAUCAGGUUUAUCAACCUUCUGAGGAAGAACUCAGGAGUUACCUUGAUCCAUAUGAGAAUGUGAUUUGCACAGAAUGCCAUGAAGGUGGGGAUGAUGGUCUCAUGUUGCUAUGCGAUCUCUGUGAUUCACCUGCACACACAUAUUGUGUUGGUCUUGGGCGGGAAGUACCUGAAGGUAAUUGGUAUUGUGAUGGUUGUAGACCCGUUGCUCUGGCAUCUUCAGGUUCCCAAGUGCAAGAUCAUUUGCCUGAUCAAAGGACUAGAAGCAACAACUUGUCUAAUAGACCACCACCUAUUGUAAAUAUUAGGGAAGGUUUAGACCUCAAUUCAUUUUCCUCACCUCGUACACCAUUUUCCCGUUUUGGGAAUCUUUCAUCUCCCAGAUUUAAUGUUGGAGAUUCUCAAGCAGCUUCUCCAAUAUCUGGAGCAGGGGCGCCAACUCUUUCAGGGAGACGCUUGAGACAUCGUCAACAGCUCAUGCACCUUAAUAUAAUGAAUUCUAUGGCUGGUAGAACUGAUGGGAGUUCAGCUGCUAAUUCAAGUACAGAUUUUUUAAAUUCUCAAAUUAAUCAAGGCAGGGAUACAACAAAUCAACAAACAAGGGCACAAGAAACAGGGACAUCAUAUCGUACAUUCUUUGAGGAUGGGCUACGGGACAAUCCCUCUCCAUCAUUUCAAAGUAGGGAUUUUUUUCCCUCAAGAUUAGGCUUUGUGAGAAGGCAAGCAUCUCAGGACCAGACUACUACAACUAAUGACAGGUCUUUAAAUGGGAGGUUAUGGCCUGAACCAACCGGGAUGACUCCAUUAUCAGGUUAUGAGCAACUACAUCAAUGCAGCAGAUCGACAAAUAUUGGAUCCAAUGAUAGCGUGUCACCUUGUACAGGUAGAGAGGGGAUCGAGUUUCACAUGGCAAAGGAACAAUUGCAAUCUUUGGUUAAGAGCCAUUUGCAGAAGUUGGCCCGAGAUAUUGAUUUAGGAAACAGCACAUUCAAGGACAUCGCAAGGAGUUCUACACACACCAUAUUAGCAGCAUGUGGCCUUGAACAUAGGACGAGCGAGGUUUAUUACCCUGUUCCCCCACCAUCAGUCUGUUCCCACAUUGAAUUAGAUGUGGGUGGACGGACAAGUCUGAUGAGAGGUUGCUGCUCUUCUUGUUUCGAUUCUUUUGUGGGGGAUGUAGUGAAGAGGGUCAUGGACACGAGAAUGCCAUCAUGGUUGAGUCUAGGUCUUUAGGGAUCAAUGCAGCAACCGCGUCUUGCUGCACAUCCUUUUUUGUUAGGAGGUGGAUAAGAAUUCGUGGUUAACGUGUUGAUAGUUGCUGAUUCACUGACAUUGAACAUAGAAUAUUAUUCUUACUUGAUGAUUUUUACAAUUAAAUUGAAUAUUCAGAUAGGAGAAGUCAAAUUUUCUACUA